AUGUUACCAGCUGGAUUAACAAAAAAACGCGCCACGCAAUCCGUCACCAACCGACAAACAACUGCAUCUUGCCUGACACAAGCACUCGGUGCUGCCAAAGGUUCCAUCAACGUCACCGGUAUUGGCAGUGCAGCAGCAACUACUACCAAAGGUCGACGUCGCCGUCGCGACGUUCAAUGCGACAAAACAGAUCGUCCAGGAGUUGCUAUCAUCCUUGACGUAGGAUUGGAUUAUCCAUCAACUUUACCAUGCCAAAAGUUGUCCUGUCAAGUCGAUACGUUUACUGAUAUCCACCAAAAAUUCAAUAGUGUCACCGAUGUUAGUCUCACCGCAGACGAUGGAAGCACCUUGUCUGUACAGCUAUGCCACGUGGAAUCUCAUACUGAUGGCAUAAAUAACGAUCCUCAAGGUUCCAAUGGUGUUGUUAUCCCUGUAUGCACAAAUGGCUGCGACAAUGGUGGCACAUGUACAGCUCCUGAUACAUGCAUAUGCGCAACUGGUUGGAGUGGUGCAACGUGUACAAACGAACCGACAACGUCAACAACAACGACAACGACAACCACAACCACGAAAGCAACAACGAAAACAAUCACGAAGACAACUACGAAAGCAACAACAAAAACAACCACAAAAGCAACUACGAAGACAACCACCAAAGCAACAACGAAAACAACAACAACGGAAUCCACAAUCACAACAGAGACAACGACCACUAGCGAAACGACAACAACUACGACUACUACUACUACCACAACAAUUACAACAACAACUACAACUACCACGACAACUGCGACUACUGCUAUAACAACAACUACAACUACGACUACUACCACCACAACAAAAAUAACUAGCACAACUACAACUACCACAACUACAACUACGACUACUACUAUAACAACGACAACUACAACAACUUCGACUACAACAACAACUACGACAACCACUACUACAACUACCACGACAAGUACUACCACAACAUCAACAACAACUACGUCUGCUACGAUAACAAUAACAACUACCACAACCACUACAACAAUAACGACUACAACUACAACUACAACAACAACAACAACAACCACCACAUCGACAAUAACUACCACAUCGACAACAACGACAACGACAACGACUACAACAACCACGUCGACAACAACUAUCACAUCGACAAUAACGACAACGACUAUAACAAUCACAUCGACAACAACGACAACAACAACUACGACAACAACUAUCACCACCACCACCACCACAACCACCACAACAAUAACAACGACUACAACUACGACUACCGCAACAACAACAACAACAACAACAACAACAACAACAACAACAACAACUACAACUACAACAACAACUACGACAACUACAACAACUACUACUAUACCUGUGUGUUCCCCAACCUGUCAAAAUGGCGGUACAUGUUCGGCAACGAAUACAUGCACAUGCACUACAAACUAUACCGGUUCGAUUUGUCAAACACCUGUGUGCACAUCGUCAUGCCAAAAUGGAGGAACAUGUGUGGCUCCAAAUACAUGCUUGUGUACUUCAAGUUACACUGAUUCGGUGUGCGGAACUCCUGUGUGUUCUCCAACCUGUCAGAACGGUGGUACAUGUUCAGCACCAAAUACAUGCACCUGCACUGCGACAUAUACUGGUUCGCUGUGUGCACAUCGUCCUGUGAAAAUGGAGGAACAUGUGUGGCUCCGAAUACAUGCCUGUGUACUUCAAGUUACACUGGCUCCAUAUGUCAAACACGAAAAAGCCUAUGAUUUAAACCGUCAGUUUUUUAAAAUGAUGCGUACUGCAAAAACGGUGUGCUCACCAUCCUGUGAAAAUGGAGGAACAUGUGUGGCUCCAAAUACAUGCUUGUGUACUUCAAGUUACACUGACUCGGUGUGCGGCACUCCUGUAUGCACAUCGUCAUGCCAAAAUGGAGGAACAUGUGUGGCUCCAAAUACAUGCUUGUGUACUUCAAGUUACACUGACUCAGUGUGCGGAACUCCUGUGUGUUCUCCAACCUGUCAGAACGGUGGUACAUGUUCAGCACCAAAUACAUGCACUAAACGACAACAACAACGACAACAACUACAACUACAACGACGACGACAACAACCACAACAACCACAACAGUAA